CCCACCAUGGUUGCGAUUAUACUGAGUCGACUACGUUAGCUACAUGGAUGGUCAUACGUAUGACUGAACACUCGUCGUAUAUUCUACCAUGAAGCCAUAGCCCUGUCAAUCCCCCAAGAUGAUGCGCGUUCUCGAGGCCAAUGCGCCUCCCAAGCAGACGGCAACCGACACCAUCAGCACUCUUAGUGGGAGGCUGACGAGCGCAAGCCUCCUUGAAGACCGUCGCGCUGCCAUUCUCGGCCUCCGGAGCUUCGCCAAACAAUAUCCCGCCUCGGUCGCUUCGGGCGCGCUCAAAGGGCUCAUCGCCUCGCUGACUAAAGAUGGCGACGACGUGGACACGCUCAAGGUGGUGCUCGAGACCCUGCUCAUGCUCUUCCACCCCGACGAGACCAGUCACGAGGCCUCGGAAGAGCUGGAGUUGUUGUUGGCCGACCAGUUCUCACAACGGCAAGACAACAUAACCCUCUUGCUUGAUCUUCUAGACAAGCCCGACUUCUACUCCCGCCUGUACUCGCUGCAACUGAUACGCGCCAUCUCCCUCGCACGCCCCCAACGAACCCAGGAAUGCGUCCUCACAGCCCCCGGCGGCAUCGAGCGCCUGGUAGCCACCUUGGACGACCCCCGCGAUGCCAUCCGUAACGAAGCCCUCGUCGUCCUUACUGACCUGUCGCGAACCUCUGCCGAGCUCCAGAAGCUCUUCGUCUUCGAGGAUGCCUUUACAAAGGUCUUCAACAUGAUACAUGCCGAUGGCGGGCUCACUCAGGGCGGCGUCGUGGUUCAAGAUUGCUUGAGCCUGCUGGCUAUCCUCAUACGCUUCAACGUAUCCAACCAAACAAACAUAAGAGAGAUGGGCCAUGUCGCGAGGUUUGUCGCGCUGCUACCUGGCGGUAACAAGCCGAAGAAGGCACGUGUGAAUGCUGAGGAAGAGGACGAAUGGGUCAGUCCGCAGAGCGACAAGAAUAUAUGGGGGCUGUUGGCCAUAAUGCGCAUGUUCCUCGUCAAAGGUAGCGCGGGCACACUACAGAACCAGAACGUCUUCCAGCAGCAUGGCCUCGUCCGCCAACUCCUCAACAUCGCUUUUGACCCCGCUACCGCCAUGCCUAUCAAGAUCGAGGCCCUCAACACGUGCGCGGAUCUGAUCAGAGGCAACGCUCGGCUCCAAGAAGGAUUCGCCCAAGAGCAGGUCAGACCUAUUGUCGAGCCUCCUACAAAUGGCGUCACUUCUCCCAACAGCGUGCACUCUGUAUACGUUAUCGAAGCCCUGCUCAACCUAGUCCUUUCUCCCGCACCGAAUGAUCUCUUCGACCUGCGCAAUGCAGGAUGCGAGUGCAUCAAGGCCUACUUCUAUCAUCACAGACAAAUACAAGAACACUUCCUGAACCGAGCCAUCGGUGGCCACGAGGGCGGUGACGAAACAGCCAAUGCUCUUACAAUCCUAAUGGCCGGACCACAGGUUCCUCCAACUGGCGACCCAUACAGAAUCUGGUUUGCCUCAAAUCUAAUCUACCACCUCAUCUUCGAUGACUAUCAAGCAAAGAACACUCUCAUGGAGGUCAAGGAGGGAGACGCAGAGAGCGGCGAAGAGGUCGUCACAUGCAUACAGACGCUUACGGCGAAUCUCAUCGCAAGCCUGCAACUCGGGGAAGAUGAGCGCAUAUCGGUAGCCUACCUUAUGCUCUUGCUAGGCUGGUUAUUCGAGGACGCCGCAGCAGUAGACGAUUUCUUAGGAGAAGCCAGCAGCUUGCAAAGCUUGGUACAAGCCGUCCUGACCCCCGGAGAAGAUCGAGUCAUGAUUCGCGGCCUCUGUGCGGCACUAUUGGGAGUUGUGUACGAAUUCUCAACAAGAGACUCGCCCGUGCCACGGCGGGAACUACAACCGGUACUCAUGUCAAAACUCGGUCGUGACAAGUAUCUCGACGCCAUCACAGGACUACGUCGUCACCCGCUCGUGCGAGACUUUGAGGUUCUUCCCCGAACUGGCGGUGGAGGUGGCAGCUUACCGGAUAUCUUCUUUGACGAGGCAUUUGUAGAUUUCUUGAAAGACAACUUCAGCCGACUUUCUCGGGCCAUCGAUCGUAACCCAAACAUCGAACAGCACCAGUCGCACGAUGGCGUUGACCGAGACGUAGUCGAUGCCCUUCGUGGGGAGAGUAACGAGAAGGAGCAAACUAUCCAAGAGCUCAAAGCACAACUUAUGACUUUGGAGCAAAAGAUAGACCAGGAACAGGCGGAGCAUCGAAAGACCCAGCAAUCGGCCGAGGAGCAACGCAGUACCCUGAAGCGCAUUAACGACAAAUUGCACGACGAUCUCGACAAGGAGGUUGCGAAGAAGGAUCGUGAGCACCGACAAGCUAUGCUAGAGAUGGAGAACAAGUACAAUCUUCAAAUCGUUGCGCUUAACAACAAGGUUCAACAAGCGAGCAAGGACGCCAACCUUGCCAUCGCAAAGGUCAGACAAGAGUACGACGAGCAGCUCCACGACGCACAUAGAACAUGCACUGAGUUGGAGCGUCGGUUGGGCGCCUCAGAGAAAGCUCGUCAAGAAGCCAUCGAAAACAUUCGCAAUCUCGAACAGACCCUCAGGCAAACCAGAGCCGAAGUAGCCACCAUUACCGAAACCCUACGCAACGCACAAUCGCAUGUGCAAAAUAGCGAAGCUCAGCUCCAGAUCCUUACAGAGGAGAAAGAGACGCAGCUCAAGCAGCUCGAAGAAGAGAAAGAGCAUCUCAAACAAGAAACAGAAGCGCAACUUGCGCAAUCCAAGUCCACCCAAGAAGCCCAGCUCAAGCAAUCCAAAUCCGACAAGGAAGCCCUCCAAUCUACAAUCGACAAGCUCAAAGCCGAGAACCAAGAUCUCAAAACCAAGGCUCAAGACCAGACUUGGAAGGUCAAAGAAGCGGAGGAGAAAUUAAGGAAAGCUGAAGCCGCUGCCGCUGCUGCAGCAAAGUCUACCAACCAGAAGGGUAGGGGUGGAGCUGGAGCUGCAGGUGCAAGUGAAAAGGAACUCAAAGACCUCAAAGAGAAACUGCGUAAAGCGGAAGAGGCAGAGAAGGAGAAGGCUACUGAGUUGGAGGAUCUCAUUAUGGUGCUUAGUGAUCUUGAGGAGAAGAGGACAAAAGACAAGGUGAACCACUGCUGUUUCUCCAAUGUUCUGGUAGCAGACAAAACUAACAGUAGUAGGAACGGCUCAGGGCUCUCGGAGAAGAGGUUUCGGAUGCGGAAGACGAUGAUGAGGACGAAGAAGACAGUGAUGAGGAAGAGGAAGAGGAUAAUGACGACGAUGACGACGAAGAAGCGGAGAAGAAGAAGUAGAUUGAAUGGAUGCCGAAAAUCGAUCGAUUCGUAUUUGUUCGAUCCAGAGUUUAUCCUUUGGUUUACGAGUAUUGAUUAAAGGUAAAGUCAUGCCCAGCACUAACAUUGCCCAGAAAGAUCGGGCCGCCUCCAGACAAAACAGUACCAGUUCGGCUGCUUCCGAUCUCUUGUGUUGCUUCAACCCCCCGUGCCCGUUCCGGAGGUCGUCCCAAGUCUUCCAACUCGGAUACACUCUGGGGUGCAUUGGACGCUUGCUCUGACUCGUUCGCCUGUGACAAUAGUGUUCGUUCGUUGGAGGCAGUUUGAGCUGAUAUCGUCGCCGUAUCAG